AUGGAUAUCAACUCACCACUUUUUGGCUCACAGGAGGAGGUUGAGGAAUCGCCCGACAUUCAUUUCGAACCCGUCAUUAAGCUUGAGGUUGUUGAGGUCAAGACAAUGGAAGAGGAUGAGGAUGUUCUCUACAAGACUCGCGCCAGGUUGUUCCGUUACGAUAAGCAGUUGAAGGAAUGGAAGGAGCGUGGUACUGGUGAUGUCAAGUUCUUGCUCCACAAGCAGACCAAGAAGAUUCGUCUUUUGAUGCGUCGUGACAAGACCUUCAAGAUCUGCGCCAACCAUUUGGUGUCUAGCGACAUGAACCUCUCACCCAACAUUGGUUCUGACCGCUCCUGGGUUUACAAUGUCACCGCUGAUGUCUCUGAUGGUGAACCCAAGGCUGAGACCCUUGCCAUCCGUUUCGCCAACGCUGAGAAUGCCCAGAUCUUCAAGGAGAAGUUUGAGCAGGCUAAGGACAUUAACUCUGGAAAGGUUUCUCCCCCCGAGAAGAAGGACGAGGAAGAGGAGAAGAAGGAAGAGAAGAAGCCCGUCAAGGAGGAGGAGAAGAAGGAGGAGACCACCGCUGAAAAGGCCUAA